AUUUGUAAAACUAGUGAAAAUUCAUUAAUAAAACCUCGAAAAUAUUCUAUGAAUUUGUAAAAAAAAUUCAAACAUGAAAAUGUUGUAACAGUGAAAGAUUGAAAUAGAAAUAAAUGUUAAAGAAUAAAUAAAUUCUCGGAUUUUUAUGGCUGCAAUCAGAUGAAGAGAAUGAAAGUGUAGAUGUGUGAAAACAAAGAAAAAAAAUUAAACAAAUUACAAUGGGAAAAAUAAAUAAAAGUAUUUUUUAGCAAAAUUGAAAGAAAAUACAUUUGAAAUUUGAUAAAAUAUAAAUCCAAAGAAGAUAAAGACGCAUUUACCGUUGAAAUAAUAAAACAAAAGUGAUUCAUCGUUAUCAACAUUACUGCACACACUCCUCCUCAUCAGAUAUUUUGUGUGAACAACUUCUUCUGCACUGGUGUCUGUUGCACUUGUUUCGUGUGUCAAUGAAUUGUGUUUUGCUGAUUUUUUGAUUUCGUGAUUCCUUCAUUCUCAUAUACUCGAAAGAAACACUACCUCCGGCAGCUGAUACAGUGAAAUGAUUAAGUGUAUGAAAUCGGUCGUCAGCUGCUUCAUUUGAUUUUUCACUUCAUACGAAAUUUUCUUCAUUUGAGAUACUUUAUAAAAUGGAUUUGGUAGAUAUCGAUCAAGUUUUGGACAACCUGGAGUUGCACGAAGAGGCUGAAAACGAGCAGAGAAGGGCAGAGGAGAAACUUUCUAAGAGUACUCAACCACAACCAAAGUCGUCCACAAAUACGAAUAACGGUUAUGUACAGCAAUCCCUCGAAGAACCAACAGGAAAGUCAGGUUUUAAAGCAGUUUCUCAGGUAUUUAACAGUUUAGAUGACUACUGCAAUAAUGUAGAGUCUUUGGAAUCAAAAGCAUCAACCACAACUGUUUCCGAAAUAUGUCAAAAGUCUCAUGAAGAUUAUGAUAAUGGCCAUAGAUUUCAACCACAACAUACGGUCAGCUCAUCUAAGCAGGAAUUAGCUGAGUAUGAAAAUGAGGUGGAAGAAAGUAAAGAUAUACAUAAAUUCACAGAGGAAAAACGAAAUAAAUUAAAAACAAAUAAUGAUUCGGUAGAAAGAGACACAACAGAUUCGAAUAACUCGUUUACAUCGGAAUCUUUAACCACAUCCUCGAAUUCAACAUUCUCCUCGGGACCUUCCUUUGAGGUGGAGUCAUCUUUAGAGGAUCCCAUUCCUGCAACACAAUCGAAGGAAGAAAAAGUGAUUAAUGAAAAUAUAGAAGGUUCUCAAUUACGGCAAGUUGAAGAUACUGCGACAAUACCAAUAAACAAAUUAUCUCCAGAAACUAAAAGUUGCCAUCAAAGCGAGUCGGAACAGGACUUAGACAAAGAACAUUUAUUAGAAACUGAAGAUGAGCAUCAACCAAAUAUAGUAGACGAUAACAAAAGUCAGAACAUUGAAGAUCUUGCACAAGGUUUAUCCUCUAUUUCUAUAACAAGUGUUAAUUUUCAGUCACAAUCCAUAUUACCUUUGGAGACGUCAAUAUCAUCAUCGUCAUUGGGCAAAGUUUUAGAUAAUCUUACAGUUUCGGAAGACACAUCCGCGCUUAGCCAAAUUAGAGAUAUAUCCGAUAAAGCAGUAACAUCAGAGACUAAACUAACUUCUAUUGUUUCCGAACCACCCAAUACGUCUGUAGAAGUAAUUAAUGAAUCUGUACAACAGCAGCACAGUCAUCAGAUGCAGCAGCCACAACAGCCACCGCAACAAAAUGCUGCAAGUCUGCCUCAACCGUUGGAAUAUGUUGCUUGUAAAAUGGAAGCUCAAGUACAAAUUCAACAACCAAUAACAUUUUGCUCUACUAUGGAUGAUAUUUCAGAUACUGAAUUGGAUUCCAUGUUGCAGGAAAUGGAUAUCGAUGAAGAGGGAGCGGACGAGCAGCAAAAGCCCAAACCUGAAUUCGUUGCAAUAGUAAACUCUGUGGACUCGGAGAUUUUGGAAAAUCCAAAGGAUCAAAUUAAGGAAACAUACGCUGCUACAAUCAUGGAACAAAAAGAAGAGAUCGCAUCAUUAUCCAGCUCAGGGGAUCAUCCGAAUGGUGAUAGUUUUUCACAGGCUUCAACAGUCGAGUUUUCAGAAAUAAGGCCCCAGUUGGAGAAUGAAAACGAUGUGGCAGAACCAGAAAAUAAUAUGGUUAUAAAUUCGCCAGUAUCUUCGUAUAGUAACAGCGAAUCUUCUUCGUUGGAGGGUGAUAUAAUUCGGCCUAAAAACAUAGAAGUAGAAGAUGAUGGCGACGCGUCAAGACCGCAAAGGCCGACCUCGUUGGACUUACCAGCUAUUCAAGCAUUGGACUUGUAUGCAAAUGCAGGACAAACUCCACCUGGUAAUGAGCAAUCGCAACAGCAACCGCAACUAGAACAAGAGCAGGCAGAGUUACAAACUCCUUCUCCCGAAGUAGAACCUCACGAAAACCCAAUAACAAGCGACGUGGCCGAAGCCACUGGUUACAGUGAAGACCCUAAUGCGAAUUUGGGCAAAGUUCCUCCAAUAUGGGUACCCGACAAUAUGGCAACUGGCUGCAUGCAAUGCUCAGCCAAAUUUACAAUGAUUAAACGUCGACAUCAUUGUCGAGCCUGUGGCAAAGUACUGUGCUCAGUCUGUUGCUCACAAAAAUUCAAACUAGAGUUUCUUACUGAGCCGGAGUCUAGGGUUUGUGUGCAGUGUUAUUUAAUUCUUACCCAAAGACAAACACAAAGUGUGAUAAACUCAAGAAUAAAUGAUCAAAUUCCAUCUGCACUUACACAAGACACAACUGCCCCGAUGAACGACAAUGUCGUUCCAACAGACCGUUCUCCAAAUCCCAACAAUCCAAUGGAAUACUGCUCGACUAUUCCACCGUAUCGACAAGUCAGCACAGAGCCAAAAACGACACCCAGUGUAAUUGUGCCUGUAGGAGUACUGAAGAAAGAUAACGGGAGUUACUCGUCGAAUUCUUCCAAUUCCAGCGGCCAAAAGGCACGCAAACGUAAAUCUGUCAUGUUUAGCGAUGGCAUAGCGCCAGGCAGUGAUCUGGCUAGCAUAGAUCAGUGGAAUGAACCCAAACAACCGCGUCGACAAAGUGAUCGUUCAAAUAGAAACUCAAACGGCAGUAAUAAACCAUCAACGCCAACGCGCUCCGAACACAUAACUGAUGUCACCACCAUGGGUUUGGUAGCCCAAUUAUUUAGGGGAUCAAUACCGCCUUCGGCUGCCGCUGCUACUCUUAAUACCGUACAAUCUAAUUCAUCUUCGAAAAGUUCAAAAGGAACAGUUUCGAAACAAAUAACAGAUUCUUCAAUAAAUAAUAAAGCGUCAUCUGCAGUGUCAAAAAGUCAGGAUAACAGUCGUGCCAAACGUUUACCACCAUCAGGAUGUGAUGACCAUGGCUGCUUUAUACCAGCGGCUGAUGGUGCUUUACCACCCAUUGUGACUGCAAAAGACGAAAGUGGUUGUGAUUAUGACUACAAGGAUGUCACCAAUAAUUAUGAUUUAGUUAAACGUUUACAGAACGAAACUCUCAAGUUUGCAGUGCAAAAGAAUUUCUUUGUUUUUGCUAAAAUCGUCAAUUUGAAGUGUUGUUUAAACCGAACAGUCAUUAAUUUCACCACAUACGGUAUGCAUCAUGUGGGCAAUGAUGAAAUUGUUAUUUUAUUGGAGUUUGAACCACCAGCCUCGAAAGAAGACGUAUCAGUCGGUGGUAAUCUGAUACCGAAAGACAUUUUUGUUCAUUUGAAUGAAAUUUAUAAUAACGCCGAAUCCGGAAAUCCAAUUCAAGAUUUAACUCACACCAGUCCACAACAACCAACUUUCCUAGGAUCUCGGGAUUAUGGCGGUUUUAUAUUCAUACGACCCACUUUUCAAUGUAUGCAAGAUAUUAUUCUGCCAGACAAUCCCUAUUUGAUCGGUAUACUAAUACAUCGCUAUGAAGUUCCAUGGGCCAAGGUGUUUCCUUUGCGUUUAAUGUUACGAUUAGGCGCCCAAUAUCGUUACUAUCCUUGUCCUCACGUGUCGAUGGUAAACAGAGAUUCGGUUUAUGCUGAAAUCGCACAGACAAUUAUUAACUUCUUGGCAGAUUUUCGCAACUACACGUAUACAUUGCCAUUCAUAAGAGGAAUGUAUAUUCACAUGGAAGAUCGUCAAACUACGGUGGUGAUACCACGAAAUCGUUUAGAGGACGUUAUUAAAGCUAUAAACAAUUCCAGCGAUCACAUUUUGGCUUUCGGUGGCAACUUCUCAAAGUCAGCCGAUGGCCAUUUAGUGUGCAUGCAAAAUGUAAACGAUGACCGUACUGAAAUGUACGCUUAUUCUACACAAGCUAUCAACAUACAAGGACAGCCCAGAAAAGUAACUGGUGCAAGUUUUUUUGUACUGAAUGAAUCCUUAAAAACCACUAGUGGUUUAUCUGGUAAAUGCAGUAUUGUCGAAGACGGUCUAAUGGUACAAAUUUUGCCCUCAAAAAUGGAAGAAGUACGUAACUCUUUAAAAAAUCAAACAGAUGUUACCAUCAUUUGUGGCCCGAUUGAUGCUGAUGAACAACACACGGAAAUUGUUUGUCUCAAAUGGGUGGAAAAUGAUAAGGAAUUUAAUAUUGGAGUCAAAUCGCCAAUAGAUGAUAGACUAAUGGAUGGCAUAUCAAGUAUGCGGGUUCAUGCCAGUUUCAAUUAUUCUAAUUCAAAUUACGCCAUUCGCUUGACCGACAUUUAUGUAGUUAAGUACGACAACUGGUACAAUACUAACUCUUCGACUAUUAGCGCAGCCACAACUUCAGAUAUAACACGUAUGACUGAACAAAUUGCUCGCAGCACAUCAAUGGCCCUCGUGCCUUUUCUAGAUCUUUUAGCAGCCAGUAAGAGUACGAAGAUAGGUCUUAGAGCGACGUUACAUCAAGAUAAUGUUUGUUAUGAAGCUGGAACACGUGGUGAAAAAUUACCACCACUGUACAUGAACGCAAUGGAUAACCAUUUGAUUCCUACCCUACAUAGCAUUUCUUCUAGCAUUGAAGAAGCGAUUAUAUUAGAGUUAAUCUUUUACAUAUUAAAUGUUUAGUAAAUUGAUAUUAAAAACAGUAAUACGCAAAUUAAUAAUUAUUCUUUAACCCCUCUAUCUAUCUGUUUUAACAAUUCUCUGUCUAACGAUAAACGACUCUUAACGAAAUUCCUCUAAUUAAAUAGAGCCUAGAGUGCAAUUAAAUGAAAUGAUAAAUAAAUAAAUACUAAUAACGAAGUGGAGGUUAACGAAAUGGCUGCUCUCCUUAACAACAACUUAACUAUUUAUUUCAAUAUAAACGAUAUGAAGCGAUAAAAUACUAAGUAAUAGUAUGUAGUUUUUAAGUAUUUAAAGUUAAUAAUCAUGUUGAUGAAAAUUACUACAAUAAUUUUGUUUAGAUUAGUUAAAUAUCAUUCUUUAUUCGAAUUAAUUUUUAAUUUCUAUUGUUUUAUUUUUCUUCACACUGGAUUAUAGCCUCACUCUUAAUAGAUCACUUGUUUUUGGGAAAAUUUAACGUAGUUACUAAAUUAGUAUAUUAGAAAUACAUACUAUUUUAAUACAUAAAUGUAUUAUAAAUGAUAAAAAUAAAAAAAAACAUAUUAAAAAAUAAUCACACUAUAAUUGUUUACGUACGUAUAUGUGUUGUAUUUUAAUUUUAUCUGUAUUUUAUUAUUAAAUAAUUAAUAAAGCAAAAAAGUACCUUUAAUGAAAAGUUAAAUCAAAUAAAAUAAUAAA